AAAGUGUACCUGGGUAAACACGUAAAAUAUGACACGGAUGAAAGGUAAUCCUUGUUGGCCGGGGACUCGGACUUUUGAUAUUCCGUCUCCAUUGACUAGGCUUAAAUUGAUCGGCAUAAUUUCUACAAUCAUUCACCGCCCAAAGAAUUUCUGAAGAUUUCCCCAAAGGUAAAGAAAAGUCCAGAGAGUCAUCAUAAAAAUCAAUCUUCAUAUAAUUCAACAAUGUCGGGCGCAAACGAUAAAGCAAGAUUUUAUCUGGAACAAGGUGUUCCUCAAUUGCAAGAAUUGGAGCAAAAGAAAAUCUUUACAAAGGAUGAAAUCAAAACACUAGUUAAAAAGCGAUCCGAUUUCGAACAUAGAGUGUUAGUGAGAGGUUCAAAAGCCGUUGAUUUUGCUCGAUAUGCCGCAUGGGAAAUGAGUCUUGAGGAACUUCGUCAAAAAAGAUGCAAACGAAUGCGCAUAAAAGGAAGCUCAUCGCAUGCCGGUCAAGCACGCGUAUUCGGUAUAUUUGAUCGAGGUGUAAAGAAGCAUGCUGGAGAUGUCGCAUUAUGGAUGUCAUAUUUGGAAUACACAAGGAAAGCCAAAGCGACGAAGAAAUUCAAAACGGUUUUGACAGCGGCAAUUCGAUUACAUCCCACCAAACCGGAAUUGUGGCUAUAUGCGGCCAAAUGGGCGUUGGAAUUGGAUGCGGAUAUGAAUGAGGCAAGAAGUUAUAUGCAGAGAGGAACUCGAUUCUGUACUAGGAGUAAGGACUUAUGGAUCGAAUAUGCGAAAUUAGAGAUGAUCUAUUUGGCAAAGAUUGCUAUACGUAGGAGGAUUCUUGGCUUGGAUAUUGAUCGGACUAUCGAAGUUCCAAAAGAAAUCGAAGAAACACCGGAAGAAUCUGGAUUCACAACCUCACAGGACAUGAUUGCAAUUCCAGAUUUCAAGGAUAACACAAUGCAACCAAGCAUGAUGGCAAGAGUAGGAGUAGAUUCGGAAGCUGCUAAAGAUCCAAUGACUACACCAGCUCUCAAUGGUGCCAUUCCACUUGCUAUCUUUGAUGUGGCUAAAAAGCAAGCAUUCUACUCAUCAGUCGCAGCAGAAGGAUUCUUCGAUAUGUUCGCAGCAUUUACUCAAGUAAAAUGUCUUCCUAAAAUCCUCCAACAUGUUUUGGACAGUAUGUUGGAAUCAUAUCCCAAUGACCCCACAACAUGCAACUGUUAUAUUCGUCAACCAUUAAUCGGCAUCGAUCACACCUCUCCCGAAUUUGCAGUCGCCAUCGGAUCUGCACUAAACCGUCUUAAGGAAUCAUUGGAGAAUACUAAUGAUAAAACUCAAUUAUCACUGAAGACAAGAGCAUGGAUUGAGGCAAUCAUAGCAUUACCAGAAUUAGAUUCAGGUAUUCAGACGGUCUUGCAACAUACACUCCGAAAGCUGGAAUGAUUGUAGUAUGAUUAAGAGGCUGACAUUUGAGCGCAUUACGCACACAAUUGAGCGAAUUUGGAGAUGUGGACGUGAGAAAUGUCCGCAUUCUCGUUCGAUGAUGAAAGUCAGGAAUCACACCAGUGGCAGCCAAUAACCCUCUACCCUCUUUGACUCCCCACCCAUAAGAUAAGGAAGGCUAGAGUCAAGGUAUAAGAGAAGCAACAAUCUAGACCUUGCAUAAUAAUGUAAAGAGGAAAGGUUUCAAAAGGCGUUGGGUCUGGGUAGGAGUAUAGGAGGUGGGCUUUUUAUAAGAUACUCAAUAUCGAGACGAGACGAAAAAGUACGACUCGAUACUAAGAAUCUAUCAAUUUCUAAAUACGUUGAUUGUUUUCGAACUUGGAUCAAUGUGAAUUUUGAACAGAGGUUAUCUGUUUGUUACAUCUCUAUCAUUAGUCUUAUCUUUGCUUUUUCGACAGAGCUUUGUCUCUCGAGAAAUGAGGGAAUGAGG